GGCUUUUUUUUUCGAGAUUGUGGCAUCUUGGCCUCGCGCUCUCACGAAUUUUCUGUGAUUUCUUUUCUUUAAACAGCGAAGAAGCUUCGUGCUCAAUAAGCAGCCACAGAGGCCUAAAAAAUGCCGAUGACGGUUAUCUCCGGUCGAUUCUCACCGGCGCUUCUCCCUAUUAGCUUAUCAAUUUCUCGGGUCCUCAAGUAUGCAGGUCAAAGACGCGCUGUUUUCUUAUCGAGAUCAGCUAACGCCUCUUCUGCUUCCGCCUCCGUCGAGACGAAUUCGAGUGUUGAUUCUGUUGUCGAGAAAGAGAAAAACAGGGGAGAGAAGAACAUUCUAGCUUGUCCCAUCUGUUAUAACUCCUUAGCAUGGAUUAGUCAACCUAAUGGAUUAGUGGAACCUACUGCCUCUGGUACUCAAUUACAAUGCAAUACCUGUAAAAAGAGUUACUCGGGUAAUGAGACGCAUCUUGAUUUGGCUGUGGCUAGUGGAAGCAAUCAAUACAGUGAACCAAUGCCACUUUCAACCGAGUUAUUCAGGACUCCAUUAGUCUCAUUCCUUUACGAGAGGGGUUGGCGUCAGAAUUUCAUAUGGGGUGGUUUUCCAGGACCAGAGAAAGAGUUUGAAAUGGCUAAAGACUACCUGAAGCCUGUUUUGGGAGGCAAUAUCAUUGAUGCCAGUUGCGGAAGUGGGAUGUUCUCGAGAUUAUUCGCUAGAAGCGAGCUGUUUUCUCUGGUGAUAGCCCUUGAUUACUCGGAAAAUAUGCUGCGACAGUGCUACGAAUUCUUAAAUCAAGAAGAAAACGUUACUAACAAAGAGAAAGUAGUUCUGGUCCGAGCAGACAUAGCUAGACUCCCUUUUCUUUCGGGUUCAGUUGACGCCGUCCAUGCUGGUGCUGCGUUGCAUUGCUGGCCUUCGCCAUCAUCAGCCGUUGCAGAGAUAAGUCGUGUUCUGAAACCUGGAGGAGUUUUUGUUGCCACCACGUUCAUUUAUGAUGGUCCCUUCAGUUUUAUCCCGUUCUUGAAGAAUAUUCGUCAGGAAAUAAUGAGAUAUUCAGGUUCUCACAUUUUUCUGAGUGAACGUGAGCUCAAAGAUAUUUGUGGAGCAUGUGGACUCGUUGGCUUCACUUGUGUGAGAAACGGGCCAUUUAUAAUGCUCUCUGCCACAAAACCCAGCAGAUAAGCUAACCCUCUUAUGAAAAGCUUGAAUUCUUGAAAAUAUACACAAGUUUUCUGUUGUUAAAAAUUUGGUAUAUAGUUAUAAAACAUCAUAACAACUCGAAAGAGCAUAUAAUGUAACCUAUCUUGUAAAGCCUUUUGCAAAUUUUCUUACCUAAUAGCUUGUAACUUGGUUUAAACCUGCUUUGCAAAAGGGUCUUCUUGUGAAAACUCGAUGUCUCUGUUAGAAUCAGAAAUGUCACAACGACCAGAGAGAUUAUGUGU